AACAUGGAUGGGGGGGGGUCCUCACGUUGACAUCACAUAAUUAGUUUCUAUAUUACUGCAAUAAAAUCAAUUGCAUGCAUUUGAAAUAAAGGCUCUGUAAAUGGGAGCCCUUCGUCUUCCUCAGCUUGAACAACCUGCAAUUCCGCCACUAGGCAGCAGCAUCGUGACGCUCAACAGCCGAAAAUCUCAACCGAAGAAGAAAAAGGCGGACGUUAGCAACUCUGUUGCGAAACGCAAAGCGAAGAGAGGAGGACGACAUAGAAAAUGUUGAAAGAGUUGGUGAAGGAGCGACUCCUGGCUGCAGCCGAUGAAAUAUUUGCGCUUUUUGAAAGAACCAUAACGUCCUACGAGGAGGAACUUUCUCGAACGAGAGAGGAGAACGAGCGACAUCGACAACAACUGGAAGCUGUUAGCAAGACUCAAGUUGUGUCUAAAGAUGAAGAUGUCCAGCAGCCGAUUGGUCGUCCCGCUCAGCCGCUGGGAGGGAGCUCCGCUUUGAAGCAGGGGGCAGCCCAGCCCCCCCACAUUAAGGAGGAAGAAGAGGGCGAAGGUCUUGUCGGGUCGGAGGAGACCUCUCUCACCAAGUUGCUGCUGACCGUGAAGACGGAAGACCACGGUGUCUUCCGUCAGACAGCAAGGAUGACGACAUGGACGACCCCCACCAGUCGCUGAGCAGCGGCACGGAUGGUGAAGGCGAUACGAGCGGAAAACGCUCGGAGCGCUCCAAAUGGCUGAUGGUUAAAAAACGUUUUACCUGCCCGGUCUGUGACAGAAGCUUUUCUUUUAAGAGGGAUUUGAACCGACACACGCGUGUGGUGAUGCCAAGCCCCGCAUCUGUCUGGAAUAGUUGGUAUAUAAUAGUAUACGUAUAGUAUACGUAUAGUAUACGUAUAGUAUACGUAUAGUAUACGUAUAGUAUACGUAUAGUAUACGUAUAGUUUACAUAUUUGGGGGACUAAUUAGGAGAACAUUUUUGUGUUGUCUCAGACAUUUAUCUUAUAGGAGUGGGAUGACAUCAUAUGUUGAUUGAAUUGAUAUUCCUGAUCACAAAGUCUUGUCUCGUUACGAUUUUGAUUUGAUUGGCUUGAAUUCUGAGGCCUGCACUGCAAUCGACACGAGACCUCAUUUGUCUCUUGAUCAUUUUUGUCAUUUUUUUUCACUCUUUCUAAAAGCAAGCUUAUGGGAUCCCGGUGGACAUUAGCCUUCAGCAUAAGGACCCGGAUUUUGAUGACUUCCUCACAUUAAGCUCAACUGAUGACCUGAAAAAUAUUUGCAUACACGCCGUACCCAAGUGAUGCAGUGUGCAGUUGCAGAACUCUCAUAAAGGAAGAUCCAUGUUUGAAGGAACCAGGAUCUUUCAAUGGUCUCUAUGAUGGCAACAUUACAGAGGCAGAGUUCUACAACUUAAGGUUAAUUAUCUAAAGCACAAGAGUCCUGAAGCUAAUAAACCAGCUAUGAAUGUUAAAAAAAAAGCCAGGAAGCUGAGGUUAACAUUUGGUGACUUUGUCCCUUUAUGACAACGCACACGGGAGAAAAACCUUUUAGUUGCUCAAUUUCAAUCGUCACGAACGAUUUCCUCGGUGGUCAAAGCAUGGCGUCGCACAGGAGAACGCACACAGAUGAAAAACAUUUCAGUUGCUCCUUUUGUGGCGAACGAUACUCCCAGAAGGCAAUCAUGUCAUUACACAUGCAAACGCACACAGGGAAAGACCUUUCAGUUGCUCCUUUUGUGGUCAUAAAUCUACGGAGAGCUCCACUUUGACCACACACGAGAGGAAAAUGUUCCCCUUGCUCCGUCUUUUCUCCAACCAACCGUAAUGUGAGCGUGUGUAACGAGAGCCAGCUGGCGCAGCUUCGUGGAAGUGCGACGGUCAAUCCCACCGCCUGACACCGUAAGAGUCCCACUCCGUAGAUCGGAGUUGACAUCUUAUUUUUCACUUCAAUGAUCACGAAAAAGCCUUCGCGUUAUGGCAGUUCCAGAUGUUACUGCAAAAGAACGCCCGCACAUAGUUUGAAAGACUAUUAUCAAUGGGAUAAGUGGUUAGCACGUAGGCCACACAGUCAGGAGAUCGUGGGUUUUAUUCUCUGUGUGGAGUUUGCAUGUUCUCCCCGUGCAUGCGUAGCUUUUCUCCUUCCUAAAAUAUGCUGGCCUCAUUGGCAGGCGUGUAAUUUGCAUGGCGGUGCUAUAUACCCCCCAAUAUAAUCACAUCAUUCUAAUUGAAUAAAAAUAAACAUUACAUUAUCUUGCAUUACAUAUCUUGCAUCUUGUUGACUUUAUUUGAUAUCAUUUGCCAGCAGUAGCUGGCAAAAGCUGGCAGCAGUAGUUUAAUUAUCCGGUAAUGUAGCCCCCCUCGCCCGCUGCAUACUUGGUAUUACCCCUUACUCCCCUAAUGUUGUCACUGUUGCUGACGUUGCUAUGAUACUCUGUGUUGCCUCGCUCCCUUUUUUCUUCUACGGGUCCUAUUUGCAGCUCGUCUUUAGUACAUCCCGUCACACGGUGGCAACAGUGUGACGUCAUGGAUGCCGAGCAGCCGUAAGGCCCCAUAGAAGAAAAAAAAGCGGAAGUUAGCAACGCUGCUACCAAAACACUAAACAAAGGGGCAUCCAGCGAAAAGGAAACAUUUUAAGAUUCCAGAAUGUUAAAAGAGUUAGUGAGGGAGCGACUCAUGGCGGCAGCUGAUGAAAUAUUCGCGCUGUUUGAAAGAACGAUAUCUUCGUACGACGAGGAACUUUCUCGAACAAGAGAGGAGAAGGAGCAAUGCCGACGACAACUGGAAGCCGUUCGCAAGUUUGUGGUACACACGGAAGACGUCCAGCAGCUGAUUGGUCGUCAAGAAGAACGUGCCCGUCCGCUGCAGGGGGGGAGCUCCGCUUCGAAGCGGGAGGAUCCCCAGCCCCCCCACAUUAAAGAGGAAGAAGAGGAACUCUGGGGGCCUAAGGAGUGUCUUCUCGGGUCGGAGGAGGCCGACCUCACCAAGUUGCCGCUGACUGUCGUCUGUGUGAAGACCGAAGUCCAUGAAGAGAAACCACCAAGCAGCAGCCCACCACCACAGCACAUGACAACAGAAGCCGACGGACACCACCGCGGAGGCUCAGCAGCAGUUAGCCUCUUUGCUCCGCUGGCAGAUUGUGAGGCUGAAGAUGGGGACGACGACCAAGAAGCUCUCAGCAGCGAUACUGACUGUGAAGGCGUCACGCGGAGUCACACGGACAACAAACACUCUGAAUGCUCUCAAAAGAAGGCAGCGAAAAAACGUUUGACUUGCUCGGUUUGCGCGAAAAGCUUCUCUGAUAAGUGUGACUUGACCCGACACAUGAGGACGCACACGGGAGAAAAACCUUUUCCUUGCUCAGUUUGUGGUAAAAGAUUCUCUGAUAAGUCAAAUAUGGUGAAACACAUGAGAACGCACACGGGAGAAAAACCCUUUAGUUGCUCAGUUUGUGGCAAUAAGUUUGUGCAGAGCUCCACUUUGAACACCCACAUGAGAAAGCACACGGGAGAAAAACCUUUCUGUUGCUCGUUUUGUGGGAAAACCUUCUCCUGUAAGAGCAAUAUGAACGUGCACAUGAGAACACACAAACUACAAAAAUCUUUUAAUUGCUCAGUUUGUGGUCAAAUUAAUUCUCGCGAGACAGCUUUGACAGCGCACAUGUCGACGCACAGCGCUACUCAGUCUGCACACAGCCACCACACAGUGCACAUCAGUGACGGUUCAUCUGCAGUUUUCAGCCUUGGGAUGGAGCAGCAAAACGAGUCGGACCAGCCGCAAAAGCUCUACGACACCAGGUCAGUCGCCUCAAAAACAAAGACUUCAAGGUCCAGCAGGUCCUCAACCAGCUCCGCAGCCACCAAAGCAAGGGCUAGAGCCGAAGCAGCCCUGGUGGAGGCGAAAUAUGCAGCCCGAGAAGCAGAAAUGAUGAAAGCAAAGGCUAAAAUAGAGGCUGAAGCAGCACAACGCAAAGCAGAACUGGAGGCCAGUCUGUAUGUGCUAAAGAUCGAGAGAAGUGCCACGGCAGCCGCAGCUGAAGCAGCAGUCUAUGAAGGCGCAGCAGCAGUGGAAGGCAGCUCUCUCGAAGACCUGGCACAGAUCCCUCCAGAGGACACCGCUCAACGCACCAGCGAGUAUGUGAAGGCUCACUACGUGACACCCGACGCUCAGCAGCCAGCUCCGGUCCCACAGCAGCCACUCACCACAUCCACGCCAGCACCACAAGCAUCAUUACCAGCACCACCAUCUUCAGUCCAGUGGUAUCUGCUCCCCGGCACCGUCACAAACCAGCCUAAGACCCUUGUUAAUGACGUCCGACAGUCAAUUGGUCAUGAGGAAGAAUGCCCCCCACGGCCGCAGGGGGGGUGCUGCCGCCACGUUAAAGGGGAAGAGGCUCCCCAGCCCCCCCACAUUAAAGAGGAAGAGGAGGAACUCUGGAUCAACCUGCCACUGACCGUUGUCUGUGUGAAGACCGAAGACCAUGACGACGACCCACCUGAGUUCUCAUGGCUCCGUCACAGCCCGAGUGAGGAGAUCGGAGGGGCGGAGCCUCCGAGCAACAGCAGCUCACCGCAGCACGUGACAACAGAAGCUGAUGGAGGCCACUGGGAGGAAUCCCAAGCAGACGAGCUGUUAGCGCCGCUGUCAGAUAGUGAGGACAUAACGCCACAGUCUGCUGAGGAUGAAGACAGGGACGACAACCAGGAAGCUCUGGGCAGCGAUACAGACCGUGACGCCGCAACAAGGGCUCACGCAGACCACAAACACUCUGAGUGUUCUGAAAACGAGACAGGAGAAAAGGCUCUGGUCUGCUCGGUUUGUGAUAAACGCUUUUCAAAAAAGCGCAAUUUGACUCGACACGUGAGGACGCACACAGAAGAAAAACCUUUUAGUUGCUCAAUUUGCAGCGAUGCAUUUGCUCAGCGGGCCUACCUGAACAGUCACAUGAGGACGCACACAGGAGAGAAACCUUUUAGCUGCUCAGUUUGUGGAAUUAAAUUUGUGCAGCGCUACACUUUGAAUAGACACAUGAGAACGCACACAGGAGAGAAACCUUUUUCUUGCUCAAUUUGCGGUGAUAAAUUUGUGCAGAGUUCCUCGCUGAAUAGACACAAGAUGACGCACACGGGAGAAAAAAAUUUCAUUUGCUCUGUUUGUGGUGACACGUUUGUGCAGCGCUACACUUUGAAUAGACACAUGAGAACGCACACGGGAGAGAAACCUUUUUCUUGCUCAAUUUGUGGCAAUACAUUUUUGCGGAGUUCUUCCCUGAGUAGACACAUGAGGACGCACACGGGAGAAAGACCUUUCAGUUGCUCAGUCUGUGGCGACACGUUUGCUCACAGGGUCAGUUUGAACACACACAUGAGGACACACACAGGAGAGAAACCUUUUAGUUGCUCAUUUUGUGGCAAACGUUUUUCUUGUAAGGGCAAUAUGAGCGUGCACAUGACAACACACACAGGGGAGAAACCUUUUUGUUGCUCAUUUUGUGGUAAACGUUUUACUUGUAAGAUUCACAUGACUGUGCACAUGAGGACGCACACGCAGGAAAAACCCUUUAGUUGUCCAGUGUGUGGUAAAAGGUAUUCUCAUAAAAAGAAUGUGACAGCACACAUGUUAACGCACGAUGGAGAAUGAACGUUUUUCUCAGCACUUUCCAUCAUUUCAUGUCCUGUGUGAAAAGUCACCUCGAAAGCGAUGAUGUCCUGUGUGUGUGGCGCUAAGAAGAACAUCUCCACAACUUUGACAACAACAACUCUGAAGCAAACAAGAAAUGUUGACAGCCUGAUUUGGACGAUGGACUUUCUUCACCUAACUUUUUGAUGAUCAUUAAAAUGUGUUUGUGUCACAAAAUGUAAUAAAACUGAAACAAGAACCGCAUACAAUGACGAGACAGGGUCAAAUAAUCAAGUAAAACAUUUUCAAAUGUUGACUAAUGGUGCCAUUUCUAAAGCUUUGGGACUCCAGCAAACCACAAUGAGAGCCAUUAUCCCCAAAUGGUGAAAACACGGAAGAGUAGUGACCCUUCCCAGGAUUGGCCGGCCAACCAAAAUGACCCCAAGAACGCAGCGAGGACUGAUCGGAGAGGUCACAAAAGACGCCACAACAACAUCCAAAGAAGUGCAGGCCUCACCUGCCUAAGGUGCCUUAAGGUCGGUGUUCGUGACUGGACCAUAAGAAAUGCUGGGCAGAAACAGACUGUAUGGUAGAGUUCCACGACCAAAAGCACAGCUGAAGAAAAAGAACGUUAAGGCUGGUCUCCAUUUUGCCAGAAAACAUCUUGAUGAUCCCCGAGACGUACUCUGGUCUGACCGCUUGGAAAGCCACAUUGCGAAGUACGCCUUGCUGACCUUUUGACCCCUGUCCUAUACAAGAUGCCACAGGUUGUCAACAAGUCGUUUGUGUGUCUGCUCGGAUGCUUGAAGAAUUGUCAGGAACUUUGGCCAUCACGUCCACUAGAGAGAGAUAGAGAAUAGGGUUUAUGACAACAUUUGAUUGAUGGCCCCACCCGCCUGAACCCAGUUGACCUUUUGACCCUGUCAAAAUCUGAUGGAUGACCGUGGCAACCUUGCUGACCCUGUCAAAGUUUGAUGGAUGACCAUGGUGACCUUGUUGACCCGAUCAAAGUUGGGUGUCUUUUUCACCCCGGUCAAAUGUGAUUUAUGACCCCUCCAGGGGACCCCAGGGGUGGCAUCGCAUCCUUUGUUGUAAACAUGAUGACAUCAUCAUGUGAUUUACAACCCCCCAGGGGCGACAUUGCAUCCACGGUUGUAGAUAUGACGGCAUCGUAUUGUGAUUUAUGACCCCCCAGGGGUAGCAUCACAGCUGC